UUUCUCUUCCUCUUAUCCCAAUCCAUCACGCCUGUUACACUGGUUAAUAUACACACGAAGUCAAUCUAAACAUUGCUUUUUGCUGUUUUGGGGGGUUUUGGGGUUUGUCUUUCUUGUUUUCAUGUUCCCCCGUGGGUCCGAAAAAGGCCAAAUUGACAGCCCCAAUAGUUUCAAGAAACGCAACUCUCAUUCAUGUUAUUGACUUCCGUGCUAAACAAAUCCGAAUCAUUCGUCGUUCAUUCAGUGUCAAGAAACCAAACUUGCAAGCUUAGCCAAGAGCAUCCGCAUUUUCUAGCUUUUGCCCUUAGGCCUACAUUUAAAAUGGGGAAAAAGCAACACCAGAAGGACAAACUAUAUCUGACUAAUUCAGAGUGGAAAUAUGAAUGGGGUGGCUACAAAGGAACUCAAAAUACUGGGGAGAACUCAAAGUUCCGCAGACUGCCAUUUCAUUGCUGCAGCAUCUCCUUGCAGCCUUUUGAAAAUCCACUAUGCACGAAAGAAGGGGUCAUAUUUGACUUGAUGAAUAUUGUCCCAUUCCUGAGGAAGUAUGGAGUCAAUCCUGCAAAUGGAGAGAAAAUGACGGCCAAGGACCUGGUCAAGUUGACAUUCCACAAGAACUCUGAUGGAAAGUACCACUGUCCAGUCACGUUCAAGGUCUUCAACGAGAACUCUCACAUUGUGGCAAUUGGUCCCAGCGGAAAUGUCUUCGCUUAUGAUGCUGUAGAACGCUUGAACAUCAAACCUGCUUACUGGAAAGAUCUCCUUACAGAUGAACCAUUUGUUCGCAAAGAUAUCAUCACCAUACAGGAUCCCACUAACCUGGAUAAGUUCAACAUGCAGUCCUUCUAUCACAUCAAAAAGAACCUGAAACUAGUUGAUGAAGAUGAAGAGGAAGCGAAGAAAGACCCAAAGCACAAUCUGAAGUCCAUAAAUUUUGAGACAAAAUCAGCUUUGGAGGAGCUGGACAGAGAGUACAAGCCCUCCCCAUAUCUGGGUGGGAAAGAAGAUGAGCAAAAAAGAGCAGACAAGUUCAAUGCAGCUAACUACUCCACUGGCAAAGUUGCUGCUUCCUUCACAUCGACUGCCAUGGACAGGCACACUGAAUUUGUAGCAGAUCUGAUUGAGGAAGAUGUUCUCCGGUACGAGCGGGUCAAGAAAAAGGGAUAUGUUCGGCUCAUCACAAACCUGGGACCCCUCAGUCUGGAGCUCUACUGUGACAUGGUACCAAAGACCUGUGAGAAUUUCCUCAAGCAUUGCCUCAACGGUUACUACAACAACACAAUCUUCCACAGGUCAAUACGCAAUUUCAUGAUACAGGGAGGUGACCCAGAGGGUACAGGAACAGGAGGUACUUCUAUCUGGGGCACCCCUUUCAAAGAUGAGCUCAAACCGAACCUGACACACACAGGGCGUGGCGUGCUUAGUAUGGCCAACAGUGGACCCAACACCAACAAGUCACAAUUUUUCAUUACUUUCAGGUCAUGUCGUCAUUUGGAUGGGAAGCAUGCAGUGUUUGGAAAAGUGGUUGGAGGUCUCAAAACUCUUGAUGCUCUGGAAGCUGUGGAAACAGACAAGAAGGACAAACCAAAGACCGAGAUACUGUUGGAGAGCUGUGUUGUAUUUGCAGACCCAUACGAGGAAGCUGAUGAGCAGCUUAAACAAGAACGAGAAGAGGAACUAGAGAGACGAAGAAAAGAAGAAGAGGAACGCAAAAAAAAGUCAAAAACGAAAGUAGACAGUGGUCCCAAAGUAUACAAGACUGGCAUUGGAAAAUACAUCAACAGCGCUUCAGUGAAAAGGACUGCAGCUACAGAUGAUGAUGACUCUGCUGCUGAGCCCAAGAAAAAGCAGAGUAAAACCUACAGCUUUGGAGACUUCAGUUCUUGGUGAGAGUUGACAAGAAGACCUUCUUUGGUACUCUUCUGCUGACUGCAUCACUGGAGGACUAAUGUCUCAGUAGUACAGAAUAAUGAUUUCUUCAUGAACUUGUGUGUUUGUAUGUGUGCAUGCUUGUGGUGUAUGUGUGCAUGCUUGUGGUGUGUGUGUGUGUGUGUGUGUGUG